GCGAGCUUUAAAUGGCGGCAACGUGUGUGAUGUAAACUAAGUGAAAAUAUUUUUUUCUUCUCUGUUUUGUAAGAUAUUUUUGAUUUGAUUGCUAGAAUUUCGUUAAGGUAUCUCGAUAACGAAAUGCGCAGGGCAAAAGCAGGCAGAAAAGUUUAUGUUGAGGACAGUAGUGAUAGUGAAGAUGAGCAGCCUACUAAGAAAAUUAAAGAAAAAAACCAAAAGGUUGCACCAGAUCCAGAGAAAAAUGAGUCAUCAUCAAGUGAGAGUGACAUUGAGAACUAUUUGCAACGUCCAGAUAAGAUUGAUCUAUCGUCUGAGUUUUAUCAAGUCAAAACAAAGGAUAAUGAAUCAGAGAAAUUUGAAGAAACUAACACAUCCAUUCGAAGAAGGUUGAGCAGUUCUGAUUCUGAUGAGAAUUUCAAAGAAGUUAAAAAAAUAUGUAUAGAGCAACCCCAUGAUCAGUCAGAACCUAUAAAGACCAAACUGAAUUUCAAGCAAAUUCAAGAUUAUUCUAAGAAAAUGGAUGAGGCAAAAAGAAGUAUAGAGACAUACAAUGCCAAAAAGAAGAAAUCAGACUCAGAUGCAAAUAUCUCUGAUUUAUUAGCUAUUGGUGAAUCUAAAACUAUUACUGAGGAUAACAUUUCAGCAAAUGAUCUUCACUCAAGUGAUUUUGAGUCCUCUGAAGAUGAAUGGGAAGAAGUUAAAGGAAAAACUAAUCAAGAAGAUGAAGAAAAAAUAGCUAUACCAAAGCAUGCUGUUGAAAUCACUGUUGAUACUGUACCUCAAUUACAGAAGAAAAAACGGGCUGAUGUUCUGGCAGCUAUGAAAAGGCGUUUGAAUCGUAUCAGAAAAGAAAACCAAGUGUUGGUUCACAAAGUCCAUUUGCUUUGCUGGAUAGCUCAUGGCAACUUUAUUAAUUCUGUGAUUAAUAAUACUGAGAUUAUGGGUCUAGCUUUAUCAUUGAUGCCAUCAGAAAAAUGCUACCCAGCAGACAGAGUAGAUCUGAGUUAUUUGGAACAAAUUGUACAAUGGUUUAAAAAAAGUGUGCAGCUUAUAGAGAUGGAUGAGAAGAUUUUAAAAGAUAUGAAUGUUCUAAAAGCAUUACAAAUACAGUUGCAAACAAAAAAAGCAUACAAUAAAAAGUAUCUUGUGUAUAUGUUUGUAGCUAUGAUGAGAGCCUUAGGCAUACAGUGUCGAUUAGUUUUCUCUUUCCAAUUAGAAUCUUUAAGACCACCUGCCAGUGAGUUACAUUCUCUCAAGUCUCCAGCUAAAGCUUCAAGUGACUCGAAAAAUAAAGCAAGCACAUCAAAAAAGGUGGAUAAUAAGAGGUUAUCAGUGAGUAUUGUUAAUACAGGAACAUCUACUAAAGGUGCCAAAAGUGCAAAGCAAACUGCAACUAAGAAUCUUCAUAAGAAAAAUGAGGCAAAUGUGGGCUUUUCGAAAUCAGAAACUGAUAAAAAAGUAUGUACAAAGACUCUUGAUGGUAAUCCUCGAAAAACAGAAAAUAGUUCAAAAAAGGGUAGAAAUACAAAAAGAACUAAUUACAAGGAAACCGACAAUUUUAAGGCAACAUCUGCUGGCAGUUUAGGAGUAACAAAUUUGAAUAUUAAGGAUAAUCUCAAGGUUGUUGGAGAAGGAAGGCGUUCAAAAUCUGCAAGCAGUCAAAAACAACUAAAACCUAAUACAAAUACACAAAAAUCUUCAAGUAAAAGUAAUAACAGCAAAAAAUUGGUUGAAGUAACGAUUGAUAAUGGAGACAAAAAGCUCAAAGUAGAAGGAAAAUCUAGGUCGAAGUCAACCAAUGACUCAGAAAACGUAGACAAAAAAGCUGAGUCAACUAAAACUGCAUCAAAAAAAGGCCUGGGGACAGUAAAAAACAAAGCAAAUAAAAACACAAUAAAAGUGAAACUUACAAAAGAUAAAAAUCCAAAUUUAAAUGUCCUACAGCUUGAUGGAGUAGUAGAUGAUUCCUGUAUGGAAUGGUUAGGUCAUGAUUCUAAAAACUUGAACAGAAGUACAAUUUACAGAACAACAAGACAUAAUAAUUGUAAAUAUAAUAAUGAUGAUUGGAACCUAAACUUCGUGCCAUUGUCAGUUUCAACAUCACAGUUUGACAGCGAGGAAAACACAUUUCUAUCAAACAUUGAUAUGUCUCCUGAGUCAUUUAGUUUUCAUUACACAUUCAAAUCAAUGGAAAGAGUGAUACCCGAAGACAGAAUGAAGACAGAUAAUGAAUAUAGCAUACCUCAAUUGGAUGGUAAUGAUGAUAAAUCUCCUCCCAAGAAAAUGACUAGGUCCAGAGUAAACAUUCAAAAAUUGAAGGAUACUCAGGUACCGGUUAAACAACCUCUAAAGAAACCAUCGUCAACAAGCGACUACAACUCGGAAGAUGACUUUUCUCCAAGUCCUACAAGAAGGCAUCACACGUUUCAAGGAACGAGACCACAAUUGGAUGUUAAAAAUGAUAUAAUGAAUCUGAUAAAAGGACGGAUAGCAGAGCAAAAGCAUAUAGAUCGUAGUAGAAUGGGUAACAAAAGAAAACCCAGAGAAAAUAGUGAUUCAGACAGUGAUUAUGUCCCAGCGCCAGUGAAGAAAAAGCACCACGAUAGCGACAGUGAUUUGGAUUACUUUGUACCUAAACCUAAGGUGAAAAAGAGAAUUAAAGUGAAGCGUGAUGAGUCUGGAAAAAUGAAAGUACUAUCAAGUAGUAGUGAAGAUUUAGAUGAAUCGGGAAAGAAAAAGAACAGAGGAAUCAACGUGUGGGCAGAAAUAUUUUUGGAGAUGGAGGAAAAGUGGAUAACAGCAGAUGUGGUGAAAGGCCAAGUUCAUUGUGUUGAUGAGAUAUAUGUAAGUUCCGCGCGCCUCAUUCACCCGCACCCGAGCCUAGUUCUGUUGCACCCUAAGUUCAACUCAAUAGUACUAAUAAAAGAGCUACACAUCCAGUAACCUACAUCGUUGCAUGGAAUAAUGACAAUACACUGAAAGACAUAACCAUGAGAUAUUGUAAGAAUUUUAGUACAGUAACCCGUAAAUUGCGUGUUGAUUCCAAAUGGUGGGAAGAGACGAUCCAGCCUUUUAAAGGAAAACAAACAGUAAAGGAUAAAGAAGAGGAUGAUGAUCUUAAUAGACAACAGUUGGACCAACCAUUACCAAAAUCUAUAGCAGAGUACAAAAAUCAUCCAUUAUACGCACUGAAAAGGCACUUGCUGAAAUUCGAGGCUAUGUACCCACCAGAUGUAGCUCCAUUGGGUUUUAUUAGAGGUGAAGCUGUAUAUCCUAGAAAUUGUGUAUAUGUAUGCCGUUCAAGGGACAUAUGGUUAAAGGAAGCUAAGGUAGUUAAGCCAGGAGAAAAGCCCUAUAAGAUCGUCAAGGCUAGGCCAAAAUGGGAUAAGUUAUCCAAUUCAGUAAUAACAGAUCAAAUGUUGGAAAUAUUUGGAAUCUGGCAAACAAUGGAUUAUGAACCACCUACAGCAGAAAACGGCAUAGUACCCAGGAAUGCUUUUGGAAAUGUUGAACUAUUCAAACCCUGCAUGUUACCAAAGAAAACAGUACAUUUGAGAUUACCAGGCCUGAAUAGGAUAUGCAAGAGAAUGAAUAUAGAUUGCGCCGCUGCUAUAGUGGGUUUCGACUUCCAUUGUGGCGGUAGCGUACCUAGCUAUGAUGGAUUUGUCAUAUGUGAAGAGUAUGCUGAUCAGCUCAUUGCUGCUUGGGAACUGGAGCAAGAAAACAUAGAACAACGAGAGAAAGAGAAAGUGGAGAAGAGAGUUUAUGGAAAUUGGAAGCGGCUUAUCAAAGGACUUCUUAUACGCGAGAAAUUGAAUAAAAAGUACAAUUUCGAUAUAGGCAAACCCAGCACAAGUAAUACAAAGAAAAGGUCAAAGAAAGGAGGGUGAAUUACAUUGUUAUGCAUUGUAAAUAAUUACUAAGUGGCCAGUUGAGUGAUAACUUUAUGUCUGUAUUUUCAGCAUAUUAUUUUGUGUUUGCCAUUUAAAGUACAAAUCUCAAAUAAUCGAAUAUUUUGAUGCUCAAACCAUUCAGUUGAACUUUUUAUACCUCAGUAUUUCAGUAUCUUUUUUAUUAUGAAUUUGUGAAAGUUUUUAAACUAUAUUUGUCUCGAAUAUUCUGAUGCAUGUAUUGUAACCGUUCUACUCGUACUUUUUGUACCUUACUAUUUUAAAAUCUUUAUUAUUUAGUAUAUUACAAAUUUUGUUACUAUAACUGCAGUUUGUUUGAAGUCUUUUGCUAUUACAAAUUCCAACUAUAGUUGCCUCGAAUAUUGUGAUGCAUGUAUUGUAACUGUUCUACUUGUACUUUUUAUGCCUUACUAAUUUAAAAUAUUUAUUAUUUAGUCUAUAACAAAUUUUGUUACUAUAACUGCAGUUUGUUUGAAGUCUUUUGCUAUUACAAAUUCCAACCAUAGUUGUCUCGAAUAUUGUGAUGCAUGUAUUGUAAUCGUUCUAGUUGUACUUUUUGUUACCUCAUUAUUUUAAAAUCUUUAUUAUUUAGUCUAUUACAA